AUGGCCCCGACCAAACCCAUCGUUGAGCAUACCGUCGACCGAACCCCCGAAUAUGAAAAGUUCCUCGAGGAGCUUCGCGACUUCCAUGAGAAGCGCGGGACCCAUCUUGACCCCGAGCCCAAGAUGGGAAACCUGAGUGUCGACCUGUACAAGCUGUUCAACUACAUCGUGCAAAAUGGUGGCUAUGACAAGGUCUCGGAUGAGAAGCUGAUGUGGCGGAAGAUGUGCGAAGGGUUGGGACUCAUGCGACACAACGCCCCGGCCGACGCGUAUACGUUGAAACAAAUAUUCUACAAGAACCUUGCCGCCUUCGAGAUCAAGAAAAUCCACAACAAGGAGCCUCCUCCGCCAGAGAUCCUCGAAUUUACGACUGCCAAGGGAGGAUCGCUACUGACACGCACAUUGGAGAACUUUGUCGCAAAGGGGAGAAACGAUAGGGAGGAUUCUGAGGAUGGAAGUACGCCGGGCAGAGAGCGUCCUGUCGCCGAGACUCCUGCAUCAGGCCGCGCCUCCCGAGGCCUCAGGGAAGCUCCUGCACCGAGGGUUAUUUUCCAUCCCGACACCAAUUCCUCACGCCAGACCCGUCACGCAUCUGGAGCGCAGCAAAUAGGUACCCCCUCGUCCAACUCCCACUCUCACAACAACUCUGCGAUUGCUCAAAAUCCUGGAAACUCCCACCGUGGCGCAUAUGUUUUCAACCCUCCAGGGCCCGACAUGAACAAUCCCAUCGUUCAGGGCUUUGUGCCCCAGCCUGUCCAGCAGAUGCCGUUGCGUAUCGUCGACACCCCCUCCAGCAACCCGGAGCUGUUUGCCAGGAAACAACGACUCCUGAAGCAGCCACCAGUCGCUGCCCCUAAUCCGGGGAUGCUUGUAAGAGCUUGUCUACCACCUGGAGCUUUGGAUGGGCCCAACAUCUACGAGCGUUGUCUCUUGUCGCUUCGGUCAGGCAUCCGGUCAGAACAGGCGUUUGGCUGUCAUCAUCUCCUCAAAAUCUCACACGAGCGUGGUGAUAAAUACAAGUUCUCUCAGUUCUGUGGUCUCGCUGAGGGCUUGACGGAGCUUGCUCUUAGUAUUGGUGGCAUGAUUUACCAUGUCAACUGGACAGUUUCCUACGACCCCGAUUCCGACAACACCGACAUUGGUGAGCUGGAUGGUCUCGAGGGCACCCCAGAUAUCCUGGAACGAAUUGCCCAGCUCAAGCGUCGGAAGGAUGUCGACGACAACAUUCUUCCCGCCGAAUUCCGCGACCAGCUCACGCUGGUUUUGGAGGCGACACAGACCAUCCGCAACAUGGUCAACAUGCCGGACAAUGCCUACUUUAUGUCCGAGUACCCUCCAGUCAAGGACCUCCUCUGCGUCAUUCUCAAUUUGCCAGAACUGGAGUGCGUCGUGGAGUUGAAGCAUCUCGCUCUCGAAAUCGCCGAAUCGAUUCUCCCUUACCUUGUCCUCAGAUCAGACGACCCUCUGUAUCAGUCACUACUUGCGAAACUCGAGUCGGACGAUCGGGGUGUGAUAUUGACUGCCCUGAAGGCGCUCAACAAAAUCGCACUAAACCACCCAAUCGAGACGAACAGACUCGGCAAUGUCCCUCCUUCGGUCCUCCAGCGUAUCAUGGACUGGCUUCUCCUCAACGACGAGGACCUGCUGGACAUUACCACCGAUUUCCUCUACCAGUACACAGCCGUAGUCGAGAACCUUGACACGAUGCUCAAGCACAUCAAGAUAGAGCAUCUCGUCACGCACCUCGUCCGACUGCUCUCCCACGGCGCCAAGCGAUCAACGCGGGAGCUGAUUGUCAGCGAGGCGCGUCUUGCCUACGACCCCCCCAACGAGACGGUCGUUCCUACACCGAAGGACCUGUUGGAGAAGCUUCUUGCCAUUGAAGAACCGGAGCGCUGCUACGCCUGGAUCCGGUGUUUCUUUGAGGAAGACCCCGACUCCAACAUCACCCAGCUUGCGAUCUGGCAGGCGUACAACACGGAAUUCCUCGAACCCCUCAAGCGGAAGGGCCGUAGCAUGAUCAGCGCGCCAGAAUUUAUCAAGAGCAUCACGAGCGUUUAUGAAUCGGCCGGGGCCCAGAUUGUGCACGAGCAGGGGCCGGGAGGGCAGUCUCAGCAGAAGUACCUGAUUAGGGGCAUCAGGCCAAGACGGUACCCCAUCAGCCCAGACGGGAGGGGGUAUUUCCAGUGUCAACUUCCUGCUCCUCAUGGCAAACCCCCCGGGGGAGCCAAAUGCGGCGCGUGGAAUCUCACAGCAGAGAAGAUGUGGGAUCACAUUGUUGCCGAACAUUUAGGUGACAGCGUCUCCCGCACUGAAGAUGGGAAGUUGGUCAACAAGGAAGGGAUGUUUUCCUGCGCUUGGAACAACUGCCAGAAAUUCCCCCGCCCCACAGAGAUGUUCCUCGUUCAGUACAUGGCUCACCUCAAAACCCACCUCCGCAGCGAGGAGAUCCGACACGCGGCCAAGCCAUCGGAGAUUUCUCCUUUGGCCCCCCUACCGCCCCCCCCUCCGUCCCCGACCUCGACCACUAACAGAUCCAGGAGUGGGAGUUUCUCUUCGUCUUCUUCAAAGUCGAGGGUUGUCAGGCCGGCGAAGACGGUAACGAUCACGAUUGAGGAGACGGCGAGCGCGAAGGAUGAACGGAACCCGAAUGCGCCGGCGCAGGCGGCGGGGGUGCCGCUUAGCGCGGUUUUGAUUCUGAGGAAUAUUGCGCAGUAUGUCCCGAGGACGGAGGCGGAGGCGGAGUUGAGGAGGAGGAAGAAUGAGGGGGAGGAGGGUGAAGGUUGGAACGAGAUUUUGUUUAGGCCUGUGAUGGGGAGGUUGUGGGAGGUUUUUACCGAGAAUAGGCUGCUGACGCCGCAUUUGGCGGGGUUGUUUGGGCUUUUGGAGGAGAGGCAGCAGGUUAGGAGGUUUGUGGUGGAGGAGUAA